AUGCAAUUUGCAGAAAGCCCAGGAACAUCAACAUUCUUAAGUCCUUCGGAUACAAGUUACACUUUAAAUGAGGGCUCCAUGUUGCCGAGUAUCACGUGUUCAGCUGAGUGCAGACCUGGGUGCUUAUUUGUUUGGACAAAACCGGACAACAUUAACUUCACUGCCUCUCCGGUGUUGUCACUUGGUCAGCUGGACAGGACGAAAACAGGGGAGUACAGUUGUACUUCUUGGAAUGAUUACGGCUUUCACACAAUUAAAAUCAUGUUGAACGUUCAAUAUGGUCCAGGAGGAUCUAUUUCCCUAAGCCCUUCACGUUCCACCUACACUGAGAAUGAAGGUUACCCGUUACCCAGGAUCACCUGUUCGGCAGAUUGUUCCCCUGAAUGUAAUUACAUCUGGUCAAAGCAGAACGAAGGCAACAUCACUGUCGGAAGCUCAUUGGUACUGGAGCAACUGAAUAGGUCGGAACACGGGCUCUACAUAUGCACUGCCCGGAAUGAAGUUGGCGAGGCCACCAAGCAAGUUGAUAUCAUUGUAAAAUAUGGGCCAGGAAUCAUACAAACCUCGGUACCUAAUUUGGACAAGGUUGAAAACCAGACAGUUCCAGUCAUCAACUGCUCUGCUGAUUGCAGGCCAGCUUGUAGUUACACGUGGUCGAAAGGUGCGGCGACAUAUUCCAAUCCACUGUCACUGUCGACAGCUUUACGGGGAAAUGCUGGUACUUACAUAUGCAAAGCUUCGAACAGUGUUAGCCAAUCUGUCAAGGAGUGGACUUUGACCGUAAGAUUCCCUCCAAAAAUCCUCAGUCUGAUGUACACACAAGGUAAUGCUGACAUCACAGAAAAUGCAUCAAAAUCAAUGGUGUGCACAGUAGAAAGUUACCCAGCAUCGACAAUCACGUGGUAUUAUAAAGCUAAUAAUACACAACUUGCCACCAUAUCAGACGUGUUGAAGAGUACUUAUACCCUGUCCAAUGGCGGUUGUCUGGACACAGGAUUGUAUACCUGCUCUGCGAGAAAUAGUGUUUCAAAUACACCAACUACGAUGGAUUUGCCUGUAAACGUGUUAUGUAAACCGAGAAUGGAUUUUCGAUCAAACUCAAUGCAGAAUGAUAUAAGAAUUGGUUUAUCAAAAGAUUUAGUUCUCAAUGCAUCUUACCUGUGCAACCCAGAACCAAACUUUUCCUGGCAGUUUCACAAAACCACUUCGACAAACCUUGUCAAUGGAACAGACCGCAUAUCCAUAGAUGACAUAUUCAAUGGAAGUAGUCUGUCGGCAGUUUCCACUUUGACAAGACCGUCAAUGGAAGAAAGAUGGCUAGGACUCUACAUCGUUACUGUAACCAAUAGUCAAGGUUCUCACACACAUUUGUACACAGUGGCUGCGGAAGAAAGUGAUACGGAAUUAUCAAGUUCUGCAAAGAAGAAAAACACAUACGACACACUAGAUCCAGGACAAGUACCGAUACCGAUUUUGUCCGAUGAUGUUGAAGCCCAAGGAAAUCCUUCAAACGAGAUUAACUCAGAAAGAGAACCUGAAGAAACAGCAGAAGGCGGUAAAGAGACAAAUACUUACAUGAACGUUGAAUUCCGAAAACAGAGUAAGUUCCAUCGCAUCUACAACACAAUUUACUCUAUCAAGGACAUUAGAAUUGAAACGGAAAACCCUUAUGCAAACGUGAAAAAGAAGAAACGCAGAAGGAAAAAGAAAAGUUGA